GACGAGCACACCAUUUUGGUGGUGGACACGCGAUGGAAGUUGGUACACAACAGCUGCCGGGGUUAUCGUGCGCUCGGUAUCUCACCUGACUGGGUAAUUGUCCUCGGAGCUGGGGAAAGCGGGGUGCAGGUUUGAUGAGUGCACCAGGCACGGCUUGUUCGUCAGGAUCAGCCGUGACGUGAGUGCUGCUCACGGACGUUGUACACGACAAGCGUUCGCAAGUAAUCCCGAGCCCGCAUGAACCCGGCAUAUGUCUGUCGAUGCCAUGGGAGGUUCCUUCACUGCCUUUCAUCUGCAACAGCCCUCUCGACAGUGUGUCCUUCCAAGUCAACAUGUGCAAUUACAUACAGAUCCAAUACCACUGUGGCCAUUUCCGGUUUCCUGUCCAACAAUGGUGCUAUGUCUACGAACGAACGCACAAGAAGGGCCAGCCGAACGCAUUGAUAUCGGCCUUCAAGUAUUCAGAACGAGUGACCUGGAAAGUCAGAGUAACAAUAAAUAGACAAAUAUCACGU